AUGAGUGAGAUUGUUCCAACAAGCAACAAGAAGGAGGCUGUCCCCUCUUCUAUUCAAUGUCCAAUGCUAAACAGUACGAACUAUACUGCUUGGGCAAUGAAGAUGAGGUUGCUGUUGCGUGUUCAUAAGGUCUGGGAUACGAUUGAUCCUGGAUCCACUGAUAUUGAUAAAAACGACCUAGCUAGUGCCCUGAUCUUUCAAUCGGUUUCGGAAUCUCUUAUGCUGCAACUUGGACACUUAGACACCACCAAGGCUGUAUGGGAUGCGAUCAAAACACGGAACCUUGGGGCAGAAAGAGUGAAAGAAGCACGACUUCAAACUCUUAUGGUCGAGUUUGAUAGAUUGACGAUGAAAGAGACAGACACCAUAGAUGACUUUGUUGGCAAGCUUUCUGAAAUUUCUUCUAAAGCAACAUCUCUUGGGGAAAGCAUUGAAGAAACCAAGAUUGUUAAGAAAUUUCUUAAAAGCUUACCAAUGCAGAAGUACAUACAGAUUUCGGCCACCCUUGAACAAGUUUUGGAUCUCAAAACAACAUCUUUUGAGGAUAUAAUUGGGAGAAUCAAAACUUAUGAGGAACGAAUAAGUGCUGCAGAGGUAUCACAAGAGAAUCAAGGCAAGCUUAUGUAUGCAAACUCAGAGUCAUCAUCAUCCGGUCAUGAUCAAGAAGGAGGACAAGGCAGAGGUCGUGGCGGUUAUCGAGGCAGAGGAAGAGCUCAAGAAGACCAAGAGAAAGCAGAAGAUGAUACACAAGAAGCGGAAUCACUUAUGAUGCACGAAGUGGUUUUUCUCAAUGAGAAAAAUGUGAUUCCAAAAGAGCUUGAGGCAUCAUCGGACAAGGUGUGGUAUUUAGACAAUGGUGCGAGUAACCAUAUGUCGGGAAAUCAUACUUGGUUCAAAACAAUCGACACAACAAUCACGGGUAAAGUACGGUUUGGUGAUGAUUCUCGUGUCGAUAUCAAAGGAAAAGGGUCGAUCUUAUUUUUAACCAAAGGAGGACAACGCAAGGUUCUAACAGAUGUCUAUUAUAUCCCCGAUCUCAAGAGUAACAUCAUUAGCUUGGGACAAGCUACUGAAUCUGGUUGUGAUGUGAGAAUGCGAGAAGACUACUUGACACUGCACGAUCGAGAAGGAAAUCUAUUGGUGAAAGCUAACAGAUCAAGGAAUAGACUAUACAAAGUAGAUUUGGAGGUUGAACGCAUCAAAUUGUGGUGA